UGCCUGAGAGGGAACAUGUGCGACUACCUCCAUGGUCUCUGCUCAGCCUGGAUCCUACCCCAUCUCCCAGACAUUGUUCGGUUGUCGGACAAUGGUGACACCUCUACAUCUGAACCGACGAACGUUCCUGUGGUAGAGGACGAUGCUCACAGCCCCUCCACGAUCCAGCCAGAUCUCCAGCCCCCCUGCGUCCAGCCGACAGACAAAGCAAUCAGCCCGUGUACCGAGAUUCACAAGGAGCUGCUUCAUGAAGAGUUAAAACAAUUUCUGCGGAUUAAAAAGAGUCGCCACGUCGAUUUAUUGCCUGAGGCUGACAUGGAGACGGUGGGUCAAGGCCGGGUUGCCAAGGAGCUGAAGAUGACGGAGAUGGUGGAUUUGAUUGUGGAGACGGAGCCUGAGUUCGGAGCGUCGGGAUUCAGCGUGACUGGCGGAGGGAAGGACGGGAUCUUCAUCAAGGAGGUGCUGAAGGAUUCACGGGCCAUAAAGGCACUGAACCUGAAGGAGGGUGAUCAGAUCCUCUGUGCCCAGGUCUUCUUCGACAAUGCCAAGUACGAGGAUGUGGUGAAGAUCCUGCAGAGCGCCGAGUCGUACAAAGUCGCCUUCCGCCUCAAGCGCACAGUGCCCAGUGCUGACGUGGCCGUUUCAUCUGAGACUGGCAACCUCGAACUGAAAGGACCAGAAGCCAAAAAGACAAAGCUGACUGUCAAGAGCAUCUCACCUGUAAAAAAGACCAAGCAGCUGAUGAGGGGAAAGAUCCUCGGCAAGGAAGAGUCAGCUCUGGAACUAGAUGUGCCGGUGGAUGUGGAGUUUGCCUUUCCCAAGUUCUCCAGGUUUAAGCGGCUGAGUAUCACUUCUCCCAAAGACGCCGAGGCCAUGAAAGGUGAAGGCACGCUGAGACACCCCGAGGUUGAGGCCGAGCUUUCCCUGGGUGAGGGUCACGGCAAAGGCAAGAAGAAACGGCUCAAGUUCCCUGGCUUCCGGGCCAGCGAGUCUGGCAAGGUCAAGGUUGAGGUCGGAGUGGAACCCAAGGAGAAGUCCACCGUCUCGGUGAAACCGCCACGGGUCGUCGCAACAAAGGAGGCGAAAAGCGCAAAGACAAAAAUUAAGAUGCCUUCGUUUGACCUGGCCAAAAGGGAGACUCCAAGUCCAAAAGCCAAGGGCGGGUUGAAAGACUCUGGGAAAGUGAAAGUAUCUGCUGAUGGAGGUACAGCAGAAAGCAAGUUGGUGCUGGGACUCCCAUUGCAAGCACCAAAGGUGGAACUAGAUCUUGGUUUAUCCAAAGCAGAGGGUGAUUCACAUGGACAAGCGGCUGAAGGGGAGGUCAGCGUAAAAGGACCCAGCUUUAAAAUCAAAAUGCCCUCGUUUGCAAUGAAGGGUGCAGAGGCAAUGGAUGUCGUUGAUGCAAAGGUCAAGGCAGGAGGCAAGGCAGAGGGAGAUGAGGUGGAAGGACUGGAGGGCAAGUUUAAAAUGGCCCAGAUAGCAAUGCCCACCAUUGACAUUGCCGUGCCGAAAAUGAAACCGGUGGAAGAUGACGUGAUGGUUUCAGGAGUCGAGGUUGCGGUUGGCAGUCUUAAAACAUUGUGUUUGGAAGGAAGGAUCAAAGAACUUGCGCAAAAGGCAACAACAUUUGACAUUUCAGCCCCUAAGAUCCCAGAUGUUGGGAUCAGUCUCCCGAAAGCGUCGGUGGACGUCUCUGCAGAAGGACUUGGACAACGGGAGGCCCGGACUGGGAAAGUUGACAUCCAAUCUUCCAAAAUCAUCACCGAAGGAUCUGACGUGAAGAUGAAAAUGCCCAAGGUAUCUCUGCCCGAAUUUGGCAUGUCGGCCAAGGGGCGAGAGGGUACGGUGGAGGUGGCUUCAGCUGUUUCUGAACCUCUGUUGAAGAUGCCAACGUUCGAGGUGUUCCUGCCCAAAUUGAGACUGGGCGACGCUUCGCCGCCAACGACGGAGAAAGAUGCGGCAGUAUCUGGGCGGCACGUUUCCAAGGUCAACGUGGACAUUAAGGGUCCUCAGCUGGAGGGUCCGAAACUGCCGUCGGUGAAAAUGCCGACCAUUGACAUUGCCAUGCCCAAGGUCACUCUCCCAGAUUUUCAGCUUCCGACGGGAAGAGCGGAGGUAUCCGGGCCAGGCGAUGGGAAGACUAUGAAGGUAUCGGCGGGAAAGCCGGGAAUCGGGGACCAAGUGGCCGAAUCGAGCGCCGAGGGCUUCGACCUGCAGCUGAAAAUGCCAAAGGUGUCACUGCCAAGUUUGCCGUCCUGUGGGAAAGAAGAUGAGGUGGGCACGGCCGGUGGCGAUGCCAAAACCAAGCUCCCCGUAAUGUCCAUGCCCAAAUUUGAAAUUUCCGUGCCAGGGUUGAAAGGUGCCGGCGCCGAGACUGGACUCUCGGUGGGAGGUGAAGAAAGAGACUCGGGCUUCAGUCUUGGUAAGUUGCCGAGCGUUAAGAUGCCAGGCUUUGAUAUAUCUGCGCCCAAGGUGAAGAUGCCAGAUAUCAACGUUCUCUUUCCGUCGGGCAAAGCGGAGGUCCCGGCCGCUGUCCUUGGUGCCACCAAGGCUCCGAAAGUUGGAGGGCCAAAAACUGGCGGCCAAACGUCUGAAUCGAGCUCGGAAGGGUUUGAUUUGCAAUUCAAAAUGCCCAAGGUGACACUGCCCACAUUUGGCAUGUCGGCCGCCAAAUCUGAUCCGAGCGGGUGCGAGACCACAGUGGACGGUAAGAUGCCAGCCGUUGACUUGUCAGUGCUCAAGAUGAAAGUGCCAGAAGUCAACAUUGAUGUCCGCCUCCCUAAAGGAAAAGCAGGUGAUGCCAGUGUUCCUGUUGCUACCAAGUCGCCCAAGGCUGGUGUAGAUGGCCAGAUAACCGCAGCAGGUAUUCAGGGACCCGAUGUCGCAUUCCACAUUCCAAAGUUAUCACUCCCAAAGUUUGAUAUCUCGACGAGGAGGAAGGAGGAUGGAGGAGAUGAUGAGCUGAAGACGGCCGAGGACAGGGAUAAUGGGCUGAAACUUAAGAUGCCGAAAUUUGAGGUCGCACUGCCCAAAGUGGGAUUGGUUGAUGUUGAGAUGUCUGGCCCGACCAUUAAGACGGAUAUCAAAAAGGAAACGAAAACUUCGAAGGAAAAAGGGUCAAAGCGAGGAAAUUCCUUCGAUGAAAUGCCGACCAUUGAUGUGUCGGCUCUACAGGCUAAGGUGCCUGGAGUUGAUAUCAGCCUACCUUCAAUGAAAUUGCCUUUCUCUGCUGAAGGGGACUCCAAGGUUGACAUCCAAGGUCAUCCUAAGGCUGAAGGGCCCGAUGCUAAAGUCAAAAUGCUCAAAAUAUCACUCCCAAAAUUUGGUUCCAAGGGAAAAGAGGAGACGGAGGUGAAUGGCAGCAUGGGGAAAGUUGAGCUGAAAGUGGCCCAUCCAGAAGGCAAGGCUAAAGGGAAGGCUCUUGACUCCGGUGCCAAAGAUGCAGAUUUGGAUGAUGUAAAGAUAAAAGGGAAAGAAGGCAGGUUCAAGAUGCCCAAGAUCAAAAUGCCAACCUUUGGAACCUCCAAGAAAUACGAGGAGGACAUUGAGAUCCCUGGAGCUACACUUGGUGUCAAAGCCCCUGAAACUAAGGUGAAACGCGGUUCAUUGGAUGCUGAUGCGGAUGGAUCUGGCGGUAAGCUGAGAAUGCCCAAGGUGCUGAUGCCAUCCAUUGGGAUUUCGGUGAAGGAGGCGUUACUGCCCAGGGCGGAGGUUGACGUGUCAGAGACGGAUCUGAAGACGUACGGCGGGGAGUUAAAGAUUCCCAAAGUGAGAGGCGAGGCGGAGGUGACCGAAGCCGAGGGGAGGCUGAAGAUGCCGUCGGUAAAAAUGCCGGCUAUUGACAUCUCGAUGCCCAAGGUGAAGGCGCCCGAGGUUGACCUGAAUUUCUCCGUGCGUGAGGGUGAAGCCGCGCUCAUCGGCUCUCAAUCCGACGAUGGGGCCUUCAGGCUGAAGAUGCCCAAGGUGGGAAUGCCUAAGUUUGGGACGUCAAAGGACAAGGAACCAGGGGCUGACGCUUCCGGCCCUGGGCGUUACCACGUGGACGAUACUGAUGGCAAGGCAGCAAGUUUCACAGCAAGAUUACCCAAGGUGGACAUCUCUAUGCCCAAAGUGAAACAAUCGGAUGCUGACAUUGAUAUGGACGCUUCCCUCAUUGAGGUGGAGGGGUCCGAGGGAAAGUUUAAGAUGCCCAGUUUCACCUUGCCAAAGAUCUCGCCUCCAAAACUGAAAGCACCAGAACUCGAUAUUGAAUUCAACGUCUCCAAAGACAAGAAGGCUGCGGGUGACACCAAAGUUGGCGCUGAUGGACCGGGGGCUGAGUUUCAGCUGAAGAUGCCCCAGGUGUCCUUGCCCAGUUUCGGUUUGUCUUCACCGGGCGCCGAUGCCGAUCUUCUUCCCGCGGAGAAACCCAAGGCCAAGUUGAAAGCAGAAGUGAAAACUCAACUGGAGGGAGGGGGAGGGGAUGUGGAGGGACGUGACGACAAGUUCAUGGGAGGGAGAAUUAAGAUGCCGAAGUUUCGGAUGAUGACAAAGGACAAAGUGGGAGAGGAUGCAGCUGAAGCGGCGAAAUCUGAUACAGAAACGGAGGGUAGCAAGUUGAAACUGAAGCUACCAAAAUUUGGGAUUUCAUCAAAAUCGACCGAGACGGAAGCUGACCUGGGGAAGGAAGGAUCUGAUGGGAAGGUCAAAGAAUCCAAGUUGAAAAUGUCCAUGUUCGGUCUUUCUCUGGGGAAAGAGCAAAAGGAUGUAGCGGCGGGAUCUGAGCGGGAUAUCGGCGCUGGAGAUGCGUUCAAGAUGAAGAUUCCAUCCGUUACCAUCGCAACCCCAAUGGUGAGAGGACCGGAUAUUGACGUGGAUAUCAGUUUCCCAAAAGGCAAGAUCACUUCCAUCGACCAUGGAGCUAAAGGUGAGAAGAAGGAUGGAAAAGCCAAAGGCGAAAGCCAGGCUCUGGUUGCAAGCACCGAUGGGUCGGAGUCUGGGUUUAAAAUGCCCAAGUUGGCCAUGCCGGACUUUGGCAUCACCGGGAGCUGCGGGAAGGAGGAGGAUGGGAAAUUGGCAGCCAAGGCCAAGGUGGCGGGGACGGAGGUGCGAAGGUCGAAGGUUGAGGCAGGUGUGGAAGGCCCAGGGGCGGACACGGAGGGCAAGCUCCAGAUGUUGAAGGGGAUGAUGCCCAAAGUGGAGAUUGGCUUGUCCAAAGACGCGGGGGAAGGAGCCGAGGUCGGAGAAGGUCGGAGGUCCGGUGGAGAUGCGGUCAGUUCGGGAGCAAUGUCCACAAUGAUGUCCUUCAAGAUGCCCAGCGUGGAGAUCUCAUCACCAAAAACGGGUGAUCUGUCCGCCACGGGCGAUGCUAGAGGCGGCAACAUUGAGAUGAGCUCGGCCGGUGUAAGGGACAUUGAGAGCGGGGCUCUUGAGCUGAAUGUGCCCAAGGUCCUGUUGCCUUUAUUUGGGACCUCCAAGGAGAAGAGUCAAGAGGCACCCAAAGAGCGGACCAGCGUUGGGACCAAACUAGACAUGAAAGGUCCACAGGUUCAAGUGGACGCGUUGGGUGAAUCAGAGGGCAUGCUGAGCAAGUUGAAGGACAAGAUGUCCAAGGUGGGAGUGGAGUUGCCCAAAGUUGCACAGCAAGAGGAGGUGGGGUUGUCCAUUGGCCUUGAGGGCAAGGCUCGGACAGUCAAGGCUGACACUGCCCGGCGGGACCCGGGCCACGAGGGAUCCGAUCCCGAAUCGAAGAGUGGGAAAACCAGGAUGUUCGGCUUCUCCGUCCCAAAGUUGAGGAGUCCAGAAACCUCGUCUCCCAAGGCCAGGGACCGCAGCCGUUCUCCAGCGGCCAAGGGGAAGGCCUGGGGAAGCUCUCCGGAAAUGGACUCCUCCCCGGAGGCCAAGCUGAGAGUGGCCAAGGUGAAGAUGCCCAGCUUCGGCAUUUCCUGGCCCAAGUCGAAGACCCUGGAGUUCAACGGGAACGGAGAGGCAGACGACUCGACGAGGAGAGGAGAUUGGGAGAUCCAAAGCCCUCGGAAAAAGGGGGCCAAAACCGAGGAGGUCGAGAGCCCGGAUAGCCCAGAGGGGAGGUCCAAAAUGAAGCUGAAAUUGCCACGAGUUAGUUUCACACCGGUCAAAUCUCCCUCGGUCAAUAUAAUGAGCGGGGAGAGUCCAGGGGUCCAUGUGAACGGGGAUAGCGAGGGGUCGGGAAGUCCCGGCAAGAUUGUCAAAAUAAAGCUUCCAAAAGUCGAGUUCACCUCCCCCUACCAGAAGGUCAGAGACAGCGAUGCCGAACUCAAUCUUCAACUGGUCAAAACGGAGGUGUCAGCGUCCAAAGACCAGUCCUUCGAGACCUCGUCUCCCCGCGCUGAUCGAGGGGAAGCCAAAGGGUCGAAGAUGAAGGGGCCCAAAAUAACCUUCUCCGGGUUCAGGAAGAAAGGAGGAGAUAAAGGGCCUUCUGACGAGGAGACGGAGGUAUCCACUCUGGUCACUUCCAAGGCCAGGACGGAGCUGGUUCUGCUGGAUUCAAGGGUGGAUCACUCGAAGUCCAAAAGCCUACUAGGCUUCACCUCGGGUAAAUCCAAAGAGCCGGCCACCGCGUCGGGCCCGGGCAAGGAGUCCAAAGCGAAGAGCGACCAGGAGUCAGAGGGCAAGGACAAGUCGGCCAAGUUCAAGCUGCCGACCGUCUCGCUGGGCAGCAAGACCGCCACCGUGGAGUACGACGACAACGCCGGGUGGGAUGGCGAGGGCGAGGACGAGGACGGAGCAACACGGCACUUUAAGCUGCAGAUGCCCCGGGUGGGUUUCACCGCCACCCACCAGGAGCAGCAGGAGGAGAUGGUGGGGGGGAUCGCCUCCGUCACUGUGUCCAAGGGCAGGAAGCCGGAGAAGGCCAGCGUUUAGGAGCGGCCACCACAAAGGUGUCCAUUAGCAACGCUCCCCAGGAAGCCAUGUGAUUAAAGCUAAUUGAUACUGGAAUAAUGCACUAAAAGCUGUUCUGACAUUGUCUGCCGGGAGAGAACGAAGGAUUUACCUUUGAAGGAUGCAGCAAUUUGCAGUGUUCUCCCCUCUGCAAAUUCACCAAGAUGGCUUCCCGCUUUUAAUAUUCCCCAUGCAAAAAAAGUUAACCACUUCUGAAGUGUUGAAAUGAUUUUAAGUGCCUUCUUUAUAGAUACGUUCUAGCAAUUGUUUAAGAGGUAUUUAAUUCUCCAAGCUUGAAGAUGGGGUCUCAUUUCCAGAUGUGGUCUCAUUUCCAGAUGUGGUCUCAUUUCCAGAUGUGGUCUCAUUUCCAGAUGUGGUAUCAUUUCCAGAUGUGAUAUCAUUCCCAGAUGUGGUAUCAUUUCCAGAUGUGAUAUCAUUUCCAGAUGUGGUAUCAUUUCCAGAUGUGGUAUCAUUCCCAGAUGUGAUAUCAUUCCCAGAUGUGAUAUCAUUCCCAGAUGUGAUAUCAUUUCCAGAUGUGAUAUCAUUUCCAGGUGUGGUAUCAGUUCCAGAUGUGAUCACAUUAUUUAUCUUGCUUCAGAAGGGGGGGGGGGGGGUAGGGGAGCUGAAGAUUUUAAUUUAUCACCCACCCACACACAACCUGUCCCACUCUCUGUCUCUCUCAUUGAUUCUUAUUCACCCUCAGUGUCUCUCUGUCUCCGUGUUUCGCCCUCUCUUUCUCUGUCUUUCUCUGUCUGUCUGUCUGUCUGUCUCUCUCUCUCUCUCUCUCUCUCUCCUUCUCUU